AUUCGAGACCGUCACUUAAAAGCUCAAGACUUGAUCACCCCGAGGGCACAAGAAUAUGCAAGGAAGACCCAUUUUGAGUCUACCGUUCAUCAAGGCCGUGAGUGGAAGAUUUCUUGGAGCAUUGAAGACUUGGGGAUUCACGAUUUUUGGGCCAUCUUCAUUGAGGGCAUUUUGGUCACUUCACUUUGCCCAAAAUAAUAUAAUAUUAUAAAAAAAAAAGGACAGUCCAGUGCACUAAAGCUACCGCUAUACGCAGUGUUCAGGGAAGGGCUCCACCACAAGGGUGUAUUGUACGCAGCCUUACCUUGCAUUUCUGCCAGAGGCUGUUUCCAAGGCUUGAACCCGUAACCUCCUGGUCACAUGGCAACAACUUUACCAGUUACUCCAAGGCUCCCCUUACAAUAUAAUACUAUUUGGUUGAUAAUUUAUCUUAUUGUUUUAUAAGAUAUCGUAUUGUAUAGUAUAAUAGUAUAGUAAUAUAAUACUAUACAAUACAAUAUAUAAUAACACGAUACGAUAAAUUAUCAACUAAGCAGCUAAUUAGUUUCUGACAAUUGUUGGGAGCAGCAAGAAAUGGCUGUUGUACUGAAUAACUGAAUCAAUAUUCCCUUCACUUCCCCUGUGACCCCACCCCCACCCCACCCCACCCCACCCCACCCCAGCAUUAAUAUUUCAAGAUUCAUUAAAGGGGUUGUAGAAAAGUGAAAAAAUAAUAAUGGGUAGUAAAAAUCUUGAUGAAUUCUUGAUUCUAUACAUUUUUGGAAUAGCAGUUGUGUGUCUGUUGCCAUGUUGUUUUGGUAGUGUUGGAGUGAACUGGGGUACAAUGGCAACACAGCAAUUACCAGCAAAUAGUGUUGUGGAGAUGUUAAUGGAAAAUGGAUUUAAUAAAGUGAAAUUGUUUGAAGCUGAUGAAGUGAUUUUGAAUGCUUUAAUUGGUACUGAUAUUGAAGUUAUGAUUGCAAUACCUAAUUACAUGUUGAUGGAUUUUAGUUCUGAUGAUUCUACAUUUGCUGAUUCUUGGGUUGAAGCUAAUGUCACUGCUUAUGCUUAUGCUCAUGGUGUCAAUAUCAGGUAUGUAGCAGUGGGAAAUGAGCCAUUUCUCCGAUCGUACAACGGAACGUACCUGCAGUACAUAUUACCAGCACUGAAAAAUGUUCAAGAAGCCAUCAACAAAGCUGGAUUAGGGGCAGUGGUGAAAGCAACUAUCCCUUUCAAUGCAGACAUUUACUACUCCCCCGAGUCGAAUCAGGUACCCUCAGCUGGCGAUUUCAGGCCAGAAGUGCGCGAUUUAACUCUCCAGAUUGUCCAAUAUCUGUAUUCAAAUGAUGCCCCUUUCGUCGUUAACAUCUAUCCUUUCCUCAGUCUCUAUGGGAACAUGUACUUUCCAUUAGAUUUCGCGUUUUUUGAUGGCUCAAACAAGCCUGUCAGGGAUGGAGAUAAUGUUUACACAAAUGUGUUUGAUGCCAAUUUCGAUACUCUUGUAUGGUCGUUGAAGAAAGCUGGUUUCCCUGACAUGAAAAUCGUAGUUGGAGAAGUAGGGUGGCCGACGGAUGGGGAUAAAAAUGCUAAUAACGAAUACGCUAUGAGAUUUAACCAAGGAUUGAUCAAGCAUUGUCUGAGUGGACAAGGAACUCCAGCUAGAAAGGGCAAGUUAGAGGUUUAUUUAUUCAGCCUCAUCGAUGAGAAUGCGAAAAGCAUUGCUCCGGGUAACUUCGAGAGGCAUUGGGGACUGUUUGAAUUCGACGGUAAGCCUAAAUACGAGCUAGAUUUAUCCGGGAGGAUGCAGAAGGAUAUAGGGUUGGUUGCAGUAGAAGGUGUAAACUAUAUGCACAAAAGGUGGUGUAUACUAAAACCAGGAAACAACAUAAAAGAUAAUGCAGAAGACUUACCAAAAAACAUCGAUUACGCGUGCAGCCUUUCAGAUUGCACGGCGUUGGGCUAUGGCUCGUCCUGUAACCAUCUUAGCACGGAAGGGAACGCCUCCUAUGCUUUCAACAUGUACUAUCAACUCAAGAAUCAGAACAGCUGGGACUGCGAUUUUGAUGGCCUGGCUAUGGUGACUGAUGAGGAUCCAUCGGACGACAAGUGCCGAUUCCCAUUGAUGGUUGCUGUUGGCCACUCCUUGGAGAUGCUGUUGUCCAUGAAGUUACUGUAUAUCAUACUAGUUGCUGUUCAUGUCUUCCUAGAUGAGUAGUCAUUCAGUAUGUAAAGUAAGUCUGAUUCUAGA